AGCAUAGCUUUUUUUUGCUACGUUCGCGCGUCCCUGAUGGCAAGUGGUAGAUUUACAUACAGACAUUACUUGCUGCAAGAAACUGCAUCGCACGUUUUAUACCCAUACACAUUAUGCAUGGUAUAGCCCAUGCAUUGGUUUCUACGUACGUCUUGUUAAAUUUAAUAUUUUUUGUCUUCGAACUUUGCGCAAUUUACUUUUACCCUUCACCCUGAGGCGUCGAAGUAAAGAUAGCAGAUAUCAACCGACAGGUAGCGUUCGAUAAUCUACGUAAGGGAGAGCGAAUUUCUUUUUAAGAGACAACCUGUCGUUUGCAAGAAUUCCCGUCGUUUACAUCACAGCUGCAACAGACAGACUGAUACACCACCCCUGAAAAAUGAUCACUAAGGGGUAUAAAAGAAUUUAUCCAACGGAAUUCUACGACAUUAUCAAGAAGACGGCCGUUAGACAAUCUACAAAGAGAAGACCUCCAGAGAUUUUAAAAAAGUCGGGUGAUUAAUAAAACAAGAUGCAUCUGAUUGCGUGUUGCUUUGCGGUUACGGUUUUUGGUGUUGUUUUGGGACAUGGAUUGCACGUGGAAGGUGCGCCAGUAGAAACGAUGCAGCAGGAUAGUGCCCUGACAAGUCUCAUUCGCUACAGCAGAGGAUUGGAUAAAGAGUUGCAGCUGGCCAAAUUUCUCCUCACACGUCAAGGGAUUCUUAACUCCAAUGGCAAGAGAAAUUCGGAGCUGAUAAAUUCUUUGCUUGGUUUACCGAAGAAUAUCAAUAAAAUUGGCAAGUGACACAAAAACACCGACUGCAUAGUUUAGACUAUAGUUUGCUGAAUUUCAGAAACGCACAGCUCCUUUUCAGUUCAAUCGUAAUUAUUUUUUUUUUUGAGCUAAUGGCGCGAAUAAAAUAAUUCGG